AUGGCAACAUCUGCAGUGCAAGUCCCUCUUCGUGACCCAUGGGCGUCCACGAACUUUGGAGCUAUCAAUGAAUGGCGCACGAACGUAAUCAAGAAGGCCGCAGUCCGUCCGGCGUCCAAGUUGGACAAAGCGGUUCAAAAUUUCCUAGAUUUACUCAACAAGAAAGAACUAGGACUGGGGGAGCUGGCUAAUAAAAUGCUCAAUGAAGUUCCACAAACACCUACCUAUGACUUCGACCCUAGUGGUCAAUUUGGCCGGAUCUCAGACUAUCAACAAAUGGUGCAAUGUAUCAACGGUAUUUUGUACACCGCACCGGCUUGGCAACAAGAUGCGUACAAAGCCGGUCUGAUUGGGGUCCCAUUCAAUGCCCUUUUCAACUGGCCCUUGGCAACAGAAAGCGGAUACAAGUUCUUCAAAAACCCGAAAGUCAAUGCCUGCCUGAGAGACAUUCUCAAGGCACACGGAGAUUAUCUUCGCGAUCCGAACAGGGAUUCCAAGGAAGUUCUCCCGUCCUGGUUUGCCGAGGACCCUCGCAACCUCAUGACCGAAAAGGCCUCCCCAUACUGGCCGGACGGCACCAAGAAAUCGUUUGAGGAGAUAUACGUCUGCGAUCCCCACGAUAAAUACUGGGGCUUUCCCACUUGGGACGACUUUUUUGCUCGCAAAUUCCGUCAAGGCGUCCGACCGGUUGACCACCCGGACAAAAACCAUGAUCCGGAUGAGCCGAGUAAGGCCGUUGUCGUAAAUGCCUGCGAGUCGGUGGUCUACCGGUGCGAGGAAAAUGUGCAGAAAAAGGCUCGCUUUUGGCUUAAAGGCCAGCCGUACUCACUCGCUGAUAUGUUGGACUUUGAUGAGACUGUGGACAAGUUCGUCGGGGGAACAGUCUACCAAGCAUGGCUCGCUGCCGAAUGCUACCAUCGUUGGCAUUCGCCCGUCUCUGGCACAGUUAGAAAAACCAAAAUGGUUCAAGGAACUUAUUUUUCUGCGCUGCGAGAGUAUGGCUUCCCAGAGGUAGUUGGUGACCGUAAUAUACCUGACCCUUCUGGUCCAAAUCUCUCCCAGCGGUAUAUCACGGCUGUGGGAACGCGGGCUCUUGUCUUCAUAGAAGCUGAUAACCCGACCAUCGGGCUCAUGUGCUUUAUUGCUGUUGGCAUGGAUGAGAUCUCCAGUUGCGAUAUCACAGUACAUGAUGGCCAGAAAGUUAUGAAGGGGGAUGAACUAGGCACGUUUCAUCUAGGAGGUUCAACUCACUGCUUGGUUUUCCGGCCAGAGGUACAACUGGACUGGAAGAGAGAUGCACAACCACCGUACAGCGACGUCCAAUUCGAUCAGCAUACCAUCAUUCCGGUGAAUUCGUGGCUGGCUUACGCUCGACCAGCUUAA